AUGUCGAUGCAAGCAGGUAAAGCGGACAUUACCCUGUACGGAAUACCUGAAGGUGAGUUCCUGUGUGAAAAACGUUGCAAGAAGAGGAAAUCCUGCGGAAUUCACAAAUGUCAAGAGCGAUGCUGUGUGCUACCGGAACAUUUAUGUUUACAGGUAUGCAAUAAGCGUCUUUCAUGUGGCUUGCAUUUCUGUGAGAGCAUUUGUCACGCCGGUCAAUGUGGGAGAUGUUUGAAUUCAAGUUUCGAAGAGCAGUACUGUCAUUGCGGACGCACAAUGCGCCCACCACCGGUGCCUUGUGGUGCUCCCUUGCCAGAGUGUGAUGAGCCGUGUGCUCGACCGCACGCUUGCAAUCAUCCUGUUACGCAUCAUUGUCACAGCGAAGAACGUUGUCCGCCUUGUACAGCUCUCGUCGAAAGAAUGUGCUACGGCAAGCAUGAG